AUGGAUCAGCUGGCAAAACUUAGCAGCACCGCCUUCAUGUGUACAACAAUAGGUAAUUUUAUGCCAUCUUUAGGUAACAUGGAUGACAGAAAUUCUAAUGAAAGUGAUAGCCUUGGUUAUUCUCGUAAUUACCACUCUUGGGACUCUCUGACAGUUUCAACCGCUAAAAAACAUUUACAAUUGAAGUAUAGUGAUUUACAUCAAAGUACUUCAGGCGUAGUAGAGUUGGAGGAUAUUGGAAUGGUAACUGUCCAAAAAUUGAAAGAUUAUGUGAAAAAAUAUUGGAUGAUGGCAGAAACAGGUGGUCCUCAAUUUGUGAUGGCUCGUUCUGUGACAUGCUCUGCUUCAGGGGCAAUAUGUUCUCUCACUACUCUCAUUUUAGCAGAAGCGGAGCUCAGGACAUACUUGACUUCCACAAAUUAUCCGGACAAUUUCAAUUCGGAUUAUAAGUUGUCAAACUUCUACGUUCUUGUGUUUCAGACUAUCGGGGUGGGAGUAGGUACAAUUAACCCAGUUUUUGGAUGGUUCAUUGCCAUAACAUUCAAGUGCUCAGUAAGAAGAGGCAAGAGCUACAAAACAGAGGAUUACUGGACCCGAAGGCUGGUAGAUUGGAGAGACAGCCCCUUGGCUUUACGCUUCCGGAGCAACAAAUUCAGAAAAAUUGUUCACUACACGAAGAAUCGAAUUCUGAACUUCGGUAUUGGAAUUCAGAUUGUGAUUGUCACAGCUAACAAAUCACUUUUGCUCAUCUCCAGUUUCUUUCCAAGCUUGUUGUUUUCAUGUUUCAGCUACUGCAAGGUCUUAAAGAGGAAGAUCCUGUCUAAAUCUAAUGUAUCAGGCAAUCACACACGAUCAGAAUCGGAACCCGAACCCGAACCCGGUACACAACUGGUCUAUCCUAGCGAUUUUGUUCUGUAUCUUGACGGCGAGGAGCAAAUGCCACUACAUAUCAUGAAGAACAUCAGCAAUGCUACAGAUCAUUUGAUUCAGAUCGGCAAAAAGAAACCGCCUAAAUUUCUUAAAGAAAUUUUAGGAAAAUCUACCGGUUUGGAGGGGGUAGCGGAUUUUGACAGCAACCAAAGUUACCAUAUUCCAUCUCUGGUUUCUGAAGAACCUCCUAACUGUUGGACUCUGCCUUUGGUUACACUAACAAGCAUCGCCAGGGCACUUCCCAACAUUGAUGAUCAGAAGAUGGAGCAGUUGCAAAGCAACAAGAAUGAAAGCCUCUUGUAUGUCAGACAAGUAGAAAAAAUCCUUGAUUCCGAAGCUGACUUGGUAAACAUCAGAAAUGCAGCAGAGAGAGUGUGGUUAGGGGUUGAUAUCAAACGCAAGUGGCUAGAUGAAGAUCUCCGAAAAUUCUCUCUUGAAACCUCAGAGGAGACUCUCAAGAGACUUGUUGGCAUGGCUGAAGUUAUUGCUGCUAAUUCAAUGUACAGAAUCAGCCAAUCAGUGUUGCGGAAUCAUGAAGGGAGCAACAAUCAAACUGAUGAUGGACUGUUCAAGCAAUUAUCUGUUAUGAUUGCGGAUAUAUUGGGUGCUUGCCUCACUAACUUACCGCGUGUCAAAAUUAUGAAAUGCUUUUGCAGUGCCAUAGAAAAGAGGGAGAACAGUGUCCAGCGUGCUGCUCAACUUCUUGGUGAAACUGAAGAGACUAUCGAAAUCCUUCAACAGCGUGAAAUUCCUAGUCUGAAUCCUAUUCAAGCGGCUAAUAUCAAUGAGUGGCGCGCUUCAAUGAAGAAAUAG